CCCAGAGAACCCCAACUCUGAGACGCAGGUACAUCUAGCUGAUGAGUCCCAAAUGGGACGAAACGCUCGUCCUGGAUUCCACUGCUGGCCACUAUCCAUCUUUGCUUUUAAUCAGAAUAUUUUUUAGAUAUAACUAGACUUUAAAUUUUCCAUAGAAGUGGUCUUUCUAUUUAAUCAUUAGACUAAAAUACUUAGAUUCUGUGCUCUGAGAAACUAAUCACUUUGUAAAAAAAACGAUCAUUAAAUUGUUACAAAAGACUGCUUGUGUGAUUUGGCUUCACAUUGAAAAAAUUUAUUCCUCUGCAAGGUCAACGUUAUUAAAUUUUUUGUGUGCUAACCACAAUGAAAUCUCAUCAUACAUGUUGUUUUGUAAACAUUUUCAAGAGGUCAAGUUAUAGAUCAGACCAUGAACUGUUUUGCUUUGUGAUGCUUACCAAUCGAAAUUAAGACUAGGUAGGGGUGUUGAAUUUUGUAUGUUAAUCGAUCGGGUCUGUCUGCCCUUAAAACUUGAGUGAUUGUCAAUGAUGACCAAUCGGGGAGCUUUGUUUUUCCAUAUUAUUCAGUUAAAUACAUGAACUAAGGCCUACAUUACAGUUGAACGAGAGAAACUUUUGGUUCGAUUGCUUUCAGUCAUGCGCGAAUGUAUCAGUCUACAUGUUGGUCAAGCUGGAACUCAGAUGGGCGAUUCCUGUUGGGAGCUCUAUUGUCUCGAACAUGGAAUACAACCUGAUGGCAAGGUCCCUAGUGACUCAACUAUUAAAAACGAUAACGAUUCUUUCAGUACGUUCUUCAGCGAGACUAGCUACGGUCGUUACGUCCCACGUGCUGUUUUCGUAGACUUGGAACCUUCAGUUAUUGACAGACUGCGGACUGGCUCUUAUAAGCAGUUGUUCCAUCCAGAACAAAUGAUAAGCGGGAAGGAAGAUGCUGCUAAUAAUUAUGCCCGUGGUCACUACACAGUUGGUAAAGAGUUGGUUGAUGAGGUUCUAGAUCGUAUUCGGAAAUUAUCUGAAAGGUGCACAGGACUCCAAGGUUUCUUAGUGUUCCAUUCAUUUGGUGGAGGGACGGGAUCUGGUUUUACAUCUUUAUUAAUGGAGCGUCUUUCCGUCGAUUUCGGUAAAAAAGCUAAGUUGGAGUUUGCUGUAUAUCCAGCCCCUCAUAUCUCAACAGCUGUUGUUGAACCCUACAACUCUAUUCUUACUACACAUACAACGUUAGAACACUCAGAUUGUGCCUUUAUGGUUGAUAAUGAAGCUAUUUAUGAGAUAUGUCGACGAAAUUUAACCAUUGAUCGACCAACAUACAGCAAUCUUAACCGAUUAAUUGGACAAAUUGUUAGCUCCAUUACUGCUUCUCUUCGAUUUAGUGGUGCUUUGAACGUGGAUUUAAACGAGUUUCAAACCAAUUUGGUUCCUUAUCCCCGUAUCCAUUUCCCAUUAACAACAUAUGCACCCAUUAUAUCAGCAGAAAAGGCAUUCCAUGAACAACUGAGUGUUUCCGAAAUUACCAAUUCAUGUUUUGAACCUGCUAAUCAAAUGGUCAAGUGUGACCCAAGAAAUGGAAAAUACAUGGCUUGUUGCUUGUUAUACCGAGGCGACGUUGUUCCGAAAGACGUAAACGCAGCAAUCGCAAAUAUCAAAACUAGAAGAUCAAUUCAGUUUGUUGAUUGGUGUCCCACCGGUUUUAAAGUUGGAAUUAACUAUCAACCACCCACUGUUGUUCCUGGAGGAGAUUUGGCCAAGGUACAGCGCGCAGUGUGCAUGCUUAGCAAUACUACUGCGAUUUCAGAGGCAUGGGCUCGUUUAAACCGCAAGUUUGAUCUCAUGUACGCGAAACGCGCAUUUGUUCAUUGGUAUGUUGGUGAAGGUAUGGAGGAAGGAGAGUUUUCAGAAGCUCGCGAAGACCUGGCUGCUCUAGAAAGAGAUUACGAAGAAGUUGCUGCAGAUACUGUAGAUGCGCACUCUGAUGAUGGCGGAUUUUAAUGUUACUUGACUACUACUUGAAAUAUAAUUUUUUACAUCCCAGUAAAUUGCAUAUUUUUUCUUCCUAGACCUAGUGUUGGGAGCUGCAAUAGUAGUGACAGUGAACGAGUAUUUUUCAUCUGAGUAUCCGACGUUAGAGUUGCGGUUUUCAUUUAUUCCGUCGUUUGGAGGGUUAAAUGUUUUGUAUGGUUGAUUGGUGGUAUAGGUCGGAACGUAGUAGUGUUUCGGAUGUAGCAAUCUAACGUGGCGUUGGGUUGAUUAUCCAAGGCACUUCAUGAUAAUGAGGGUGGUAUAUUUUGCGUGAGUUAAGGGUUAUUAUAAGAUGUUGCUACUUAACAUUUUGUGAUUUAGUAUUUAUUUCCAUCUUUGACGUUCCAUGUGUCCGAAACCUCGUCCUACGAGCUCUCUUUAUUGUGUCUCUAACAUACAUUGGAUUGUGGAGACCUUAGUCAAGGGCGUUACUCAAAACUUAGUUCCAUUGGUGUCCAAUGCAGACUCGUGUCGUGUUCACUUUGAAACCAGUGCACUCUAAAAAUUGUGACAGGAUGACAUAUGUGUCUAGCACUUUUUGGUUUCCAAUGGUCGUUCGGCUCUCGUAACCUCAACGAAAAAAGCUAAAUUGAUUUCACAGAAUCUGUAUGACUUUUGAGGUUAAUUGGGUCAAUGACUAAACAUUUUAAAGCACACAUCUCGUACCCGAGUAUUUUAUACGAUUUGAACAACUAAUUCGCAAUCAGUAUUCGCUCUCCAGAUUACUACUCGUGAUCUUUCAUUCCUAUCAAAUUUAUCCAGUAUGACAACGAUUAAUUUGAGUUUCGACUGUUAAUAUUAUGCUUGGAAAGUAUUUAGACUAGACAAGUGGGUGUCAGAUAUUACACAUGCAGUAGUUCAGUUACAAUCUUCGUUAAAUCCUCUUAUUUGUCCCUUCUCAUGAACUUCCUCGUUAACAUUAGUAUUGUAAAUAAGUAUGAAAAUGAUCAUUAUUUGUGAUCCAACUUAUUUACUGGUAAUCAGUUGCUUAUGACAUCUAACGGGAAUGUGCAAAACCUAAUCAAAUCCUACUGUUGUUACUCGAUCUACAUAAAAUUUGCUAAAUCCAGUUUCACUGAAUUUAAACAACUUACUAUUUUCGGUUGAUUUACUGACUGGAUUUAAGUUAGUUACAUAACGACCUGCUAUUCAGCAAGAUACAUAAAUUUUGUCUUCCGGAAAGAAUUAACAAAGUACUAGCACAGUCCUUACUUCCUAAAAAUAUAUUGAUGAUUGUGAUUUUAAGUUGUGUGCAUUAAUAGGUCGAGAUCUAUUGAUAUUAUCAUGUUCCUCUCAAAAGUUGAAGGCUCUAUUUGUGUGAUGAUGAACACUAGUUCAACGGGGAAGAGUUAUCGAGUGUUCUCUCCAGCUCAUUUCAUUUCGGGACGAAAACUAUCUGCUCUCUUCAUUAAUCCCUAUUUACGAAAAUGUCUAGUGAAGUCGAUAUAUAAAUGUAGAAAUUGUUUUUGAAUAAUCUCUGAUUGAAAUUUAAAUACUUCCAACAUUUUGUCUGGGAAACUAGUCCGAACUUCUGAGGAAUAUGAUAAAGACUUUUAUAUUCAAUGUCUUCCAUAUACUCUGUGCUGUUUCCAUCAUGCUGUUCAAAUUUGGGCGGAUGCUCAUCUAAAUCCGUAUUUAACGAAAGUAACCCAUUUUUUUUAUUGACUUCAUUAGGAAGUUACACUAAUAUUUUUUAUUUAUUGAUUUAUUCAUAUAUCGUAAUGAGAGAAUCUUUUACCUAGAUAUUCUGUACUUGGAAGAAUCUGACAUGUAUCAUUCUAUCAGAUCAUCCGAAUCAUCGUUUGUUACUGGUUCAUAAACGUAGCAAAAAAAAUCAUCAAGCACUUUAAUUGUCAAGUUUUGCAUCUAUUUUGAAACCCAAAAAUAUACGCAAACUUAAACACUAGUGUCAAUCCCAUCUUCAAAUGAGUCAUUUCUCAAAACACUUAUUACUUAAAGGUCUGUUCCAUCCUUUAGAUAGACUUGUUUUUUUUUAAAAAAAUACAAAUCCUAUUUUAGCUUGUUUUUAUCAGACCAAUUUUAGCAUAUGUUUAUGCGUAUUGAUCUGACUACUGACAGAAUUGGUCUCCUCUAUGUGAUAUCAGACAAAAAUGUAUGACCUAUUUAUCUCACCCGUUUAAAAAGAAAAACAGAUUCUAUGUUAUUGAUAAUCAGCCUUUGUUGUCUAUACUAAUCGUAUUGGUUAGUAAAUAUGUUUAUUUACGUCCACAGAAUUGCU